CACACGGUUGAAAAGCCUGACUGAAAUGAUCAUUCUCUUGUUGUAAAUAUUUUUACCAGAUUUCGACCGGAACAUGACAUUUUCUUCCACAGGAAUUUUAUACCUGCAUGUUUUCUCAAUCACUUCCUUUGAAGCUAAUGCCGAAAGAUGUGAUUUUAAGUCGAUCGCCAGCUGCGGAUAAUUCACACUCUGAAAGCUGAAGAAGAGCUAAGAUCGUUCCGUUUGGGGGCGAAAAUUAGCUAAAUUGUUUAUGGCUUUUUGCACCAUUAUUCAGGAAUCAAACUAAUUUUAUGAUACGAGACUAAACACAUCAAUACGUGUUUAAUUUGAAAAGAAUUAAGAUUAAUGAUAUUCGAUUCUUGUUUUAACGACAAUAGUUCUAUACGAGGCCUCUAUUCAUUGGCUCUACUUUGACUUCCUAUUUACUCUAGCCUGAAAAUAUACAAAAGUAAGACAAGCCGAUGUUUUACCCCUGUAUGGAGAUGGCAAUGAAGACCCUAGUUUGGACUUGCUUUUUGCUGAAUUUUUUGCCUUAUUCUACUGGCAAAGCAGUCCGCGAUCUAAGUCCAGAUGAAUUCCAAAACCUAGCCAAGUCGACUUCGAAAAACUUUGUUGCAGUCUAUUUUGAUCACAAAGAUGCAAGGCAGAAGUAUCCAUCGUUCUUUAAAGAAUAUCGGAAAGCAUGCGACCACCUAGACGCCUACGGCAUUCAGCUAGCCAGGAUUGAUUGUGAUUCUGCCUCCAUACCAGAGUGUCAACAAUUGACUGUGCUCACAUACAGAGAUGGCGAGUUGGAAGAAAGUGUUUCUUUGGACACUUUAUUCAAUGUUGAUUCCAUUAUGGCCCACCUAUUACAAAUACUUCUCAAGUAUGAAAUUACAUACCUAUAUGACAAGCCUUCAGCAGACCAACUCAUCACGGAAUCAAAAGGAAGUAAAGAUGUGUUAUUUGCAUAUGUCAAAGGGUUUGGCUCUAAAGCACAUCGUGCAAUUGUAGAAGCUGCUUUUGUAUACAGUAACCAGUUGGCUUUUGCUCUGACCACUGAUGCUGACGUUGCCAAGGGAAUCAUCCCAAAUUUUUCUGAGGACAAGAUUGCAGCUGUUGUUGGGUUUAACUGCAAAAAACUAGACCUCCUUUAUACUGGACCAUGUGAUUCAGCUCUCUUCAGGGGUCAAUACAAGCCUUAUUUCAUUGGUCGGUUUAGCAAGUUAAUACAGUUGCCUCGACUGGUGGAGCUUGAAGCUGACGGUCGCACGGUGUAUGAGAGAGUUAACCAACUCUACGUGUUCAGCGAUCUAACGAAAGAGGAGCCAUUCACCCUCAAGGAUGCAGACACACUCGCUACGCGGCUAUACGGCACAGCGGGGGUGGUCUUCGUGGAGGUUAACAAGCACCCUAAGACUGCAGACAAGUUCGGACUCUCAGAGGACACACUCUACCCGACAGCAGCGUUUAUCUCAUCAGAAAGUACCGACUCAGAAGUAUUUGCAGAACUUUUCCCAGAAAACCAGCUGGAGUUCGAUGUCCUUAAUGUCCAACAGUUUGUGGAAGAGCUGGUCGACAACCCCCAGAAAGCCUACUCUAGGAUAGCGUCUAGCACUUCACUGCGCACUCACUCCUUGGCGGAGUUGGAGCGAGGCAUGUCUAGCGAGAUCUCGUCAUUCAUAAUGGACUUUGUGCUGGUCGGGAUGUGUGAGCAUGAUAAUCCGGAAGCAAGAUGCUCUGUGUUUUUCAAGAACCUCCGCCGACUAAGUCGAACCAUUGAUCGCCACGUGACACGUGGUAUAACGCCAGUGUACGUUCCACUCAACGCGGAGGAUAUCGCCAAGUUUGGCUCUAAGAAGGAAAUCCCGACUCUUCGUCUGUACAACAGGCACAAAGGAGCCUACGCCCCGAACUCCGACUGGAAGGAUUCAUUACCUUCGUACAAAGAGAUGCUGGGCUUCAUAAAGAUGAACACAGGAAUCACGUAUCCUCAGUUGCCACCUAGCAAUUCUGACGAGAUCCCUUACUUGACUGAGAAUUCACUCGAAUUGUCGCCAGAAGAGGAUCAGCCGUCUAGCGAGGAAUCAUGGGAUGAGAGCCAGAAAGAAGACGAUGGCUCCGUGCCAGCGGAGGAGACUGAGGAUGACGAGGUUGCGGGCGCGGUCUGGUACACAGCCCCCCCACACGUCCCAGAGGACAAAGUCCCCUCCCUCACCGACAAGACCUUCCAGCCCGAGCGCGACCUUCACGACCUUCUGGUGGUGAACUUCUUCCAGCCUUGGGACCCCAGGUCGAAAGCAAUCAUUGGCCCUUAUGUUGAUGCAGCUCUGAACUUAGGUAAAAUUGAUGUCGGUAACUUCAACGUGCGUCUGGCGCGAGUAAACUGCUUCGACUGGACGGACGUGUGCCAGGACAACAACAUCACCGUCUAUCCGACCAUCAAGUUGUUUCGAAAAGGUGCAGAUGAGCUGAUAUACGGCGGCCCGCUGGACGCUGACCACCUCGUCAAAGCUGUUCUCAUGCUGCAGCAGCCCUCCCCUAUACGUCUCUCUGAAGAUGACAUCGAUCCGUUCCUGAAAGGAGACAUCCCUAAAAACGCUGCUAAAGCGACCAGCAUCGCCGUGUUGGGUGUUUUCGAAUCUGAGUCAAGCUCGGAGUUUGAGGCUUUUAGUAACGCCGCUAGAUCACUGCGUGGCGAUUACCUGCUGGGUUACGUCUCUGGAGAGGCGGCAAAAAAGAGUGCAGCGAGUUAUGGCUUGGAGACACCUGGCAUAUUGGCGAUCAAGCGUAACGACCCACUGGUUCCCCGUGUGGUGUUUUAUCAACCCUUUACGAAAGCGAAUAUUGUGAAAUUUGUGGAGAUUUCCAAUCUUCAAACAUAUGGCGAGCUCACGCCUAUCAACCUACCGCUGUACAACAAACACCGUCGUCCACUGCUCGUCGUUUUCAGACAAAACAUGGCGCCUGAUGAUAAGUACACGCCUGUCAUGGAGAAGAUAGCCGCUGACACAUCCCUGCCAGAUGUAUUCCUUUGUUGGAUGGCUCUCUCCCGUAAUGAUGUGAAUGGUGCUAUCCUGGAGUCCUACACAGGCAAGAUGGAUGUCCCAAUUCUUGUCCUUGUCGACCAUUCUAAGUCCGCAGUUUACCAAUAUCGCCGGGAGGCUGGUGCCAAGGAGGUGAUCGAGUGGACCAACCGCUGUCUCGAUGACAAGAACAGACCAUCUCAUAAACUGAAAGAGAGCAAAUGGGAGCCUCUACUUGAAGGAUACGACUACCUUAAGCUAAUCGACGAGGAAGAAGCUCUCAAGAACAGGAAGGAGGAGCAGAAGGCAGAGGAAAAGACGUCAGACAACGGGGAAGAAUCAGAAGACUUUAAGAAGUCAGAGAGAUUCAGGCAGAGGAAGCCCGAGGAUUUCAGACACAAGGAUGGGAACGUUCACAGCCCGGUCCACGAACACGAACACGAUGAGCUUUGAGCCUCGCGAGUAUUGUGCGGACAUGUGACAUGGAUAUUCGACAUGGACAUACGACACGGAUAUACGACACAAACACGAUAAGCUUUGAGCUUCGCGACUAUGGCACGGACAUGCGACAUAGACAUACGACACGGAUAUGCGACACAAACACGAUGAGCUUUGAGCUUCGAGACUAUGGCACGGACAUGCGACAUGGACAUACGACACGGACAUGCGACACAAACACGAUGAGCUUUGAGCUUCGAGAGUAUGACACGGACAUGCGACAUAAACAUUCGUAAUGGACAUACGACACGGACAUGCGACACAAACAUGACAUAAACAUUCGACAUGGACAUACGACACGGAUAUGCGACACGGACACGAUGAGCUUUGAGCUUCACGAGUAUGACACAGAAAUGCAACAUGGACAUACGACACAGAUGUGCGAAACGAACACGAUGAGUUUUGAGCUUCGAGGCUAUGGCAGACAUGCGACAUGGACAUUCGACACACGACACAGAUAUGCGAAACGAACACGAUGAGCUUGAGCAUCGCGAGUAUGACACAGACAUGCGACAUGGACAUUCGACACCGACAUACGACAUAGAUAUGCGACACGGACACGGUGAGCUUUAAGCCUCGCGAGUAUUGUGCGGACAUGUGACAUGGAUAUUCGACAUGGACAUACGACACGGAUAUACGACACAAACACGAUAAGCUUUGAGCUUCGCGACUAUGGCACGGACAUGCGACAUAGACAUACGACACGGAUAUGCGACACAAACACGAUGAGCUUUGAGCUUCGAGACUAUGGCACGGACAUGCGACAUGGACAUACGACACGGACAUGCGACACAAACACGAUGAGCUUUGAGCUUCGAGAGUAUGACACGGACAUGCGACAUAAACAUUCGUAAUGGACAUACGACACGGACAUGCGACACAAACAUGACAUAAACAUUCGACAUGGACAUACGACACGGAUAUGCGACACGGACACGAUGAGCUUUGAGCUUCACGAGUAUGACACAGAAAUGCAACAUGGACAUACGACACAGAUGUGCGAAACGAACACGAUGAGUUUUGAGCUUCGAGGCUAUGGCAGACAUGCGACAUGGACAUUCGACACACGACACAGAUAUGCGAAACGAACACGAUGAGCUUGAGCAUCGCGAGUAUGACACAGACAUGCGACAUGGACAUUCGACACCGACAUACGACAUAGAUAUGCGACACGGACACGGUGAGCUUUAAGCUUCACGAGUAUGACACAGAAAUGCAACAUGGACAUACGACAUAGAUGUGCGAAACGGACACGAUGAGCUUUGAGCUUCGGGAGUAUGACAUACUUGCAACAUGGACGUUUGACAUGGACACACGACAAGAAUACGAUGACUUUUGGGCCUACGACGGAACAUACGACACAGAUCUCGUUGAAGAGAUUGUGUUUCGGCGGCUUUUGGGCAUUACCAGCUAAGUUAUUCGCAACGAUGCGUAAAUUUUGUUGUUUGUUAUUAUACAUUAUUUUUUAUUUUAAUUUCUUUCGCCGUUAAUUUGAAGGCCACUUGUACAGUUGUAUUUCAUCAUAUAACAUUGUGUUAACCUCAAUAAAAGAAUUAUUAUUAUUA